AUGGGUUGCGAGAACAACAAACCCGACGAGCUGGCUGGCUCCCUUAGGCAAGAUCUCUUCUUCCAUGGCAGAGACGUCCCUUCCUCCUGGAGCCCUCAUCCACCCAAGACUGUGCAGGCUGUCAUCACGGUCAAAGGCAGCCUCAAGCUCAAGAACGCCAAGGAGGGGCAGAGGAGAGCGGUGCUCGUUGAAGGAGGGGGAGGACUGCUGCUGGGAAACAUCGUGGAGGCGGCGAGGAAGGCGAGGGUGGCAGGGCGGAGCUUUGAGUCGAGCGGAUGGCUUGCGGAUCAUGUGGAAAAGGUUCUAUCGGACAAGGGAGGAGAGCAGAAGUAG